GGGCGGGGCGAUGGCGGCCGGCGGGGGCGGCCGGGGCUGAGGGGAGCGGCGGCCGUGCUGCCGCCGGCAGGUUGAUUCCACUUCAGGAUAAUGGCAGGAAAAGUAAAGUGGGUAACUGAUAUAGAAAAAUCUGUUCUAAUAAACAACUUUGAAAAAAGAGGAUGGAUUCAGGUGGCAGAAAAUGAAGACUGGAAUUUUUAUUGGAUGAGCGUCCAAACAAUCAGGAAUGUGUUCAGUGUGGAAACCGGUUACCGCCUCUCUGAUGACCAAAUUGUCAAUCAUUUCCCAAACCACUAUGAACUGACCAGAAAAGAUUUGAUGGUAAAGAAUAUCAAGAGAUACAGAAAAGAACUUGAGAAAGAAGGAAGUCCUCUUGCAGAAAAGGAUGAAAAUGGGAAAUAUAUUUAUUUGGAUUUUGUUCCUGUGACUUUUAUGCUUCCUGCUGAUUAUAAUCUCUUUGUUGAAGAAUUCAGAAAGAAUCCCUCCAGCACGUGGAUUAUGAAACCUUGUGGCAAAGCUCAAGGAAAAGGAAUAUUUCUAAUCAAUAAACUCUCCCAAAUUAAAAAAUGGUCUCGAGACAGCAAAACAUCUUCGUUUGUGUCUCAGUCUUCCAAAGAAGCCUAUGUGAUUUCACUGUACAUCAACAAUCCCUUACUAAUUGGUGGGAAGAAAUUUGAUCUUCGUCUCUAUGUUUUGGUGUCUACCUAUCGUCCACUGAGAUGUUACAUGUAUAAGCUUGGGUUUUGCCGGUUUUGCACAGUGAAAUACACACCAAGUACAAGUGAACUGGAUAACAUGUUUGUACAUCUUACAAACGUUGCCAUUCAGAAACAUGGGGAUGAUUACAACCAUAUCCAUGGAGGCAAGUGGACAGUGAGCAACUUACGCCUGUACCUGGAGAGCACCCGUGGAAAGGAAGUCACCAAUAAAUUAUUUGAUGAAAUCCACUGGAUCAUUGUGCAGUCCCUGAAGGCUGUUGCGCCUGUAAUGAAUAAUGAUAAACACUGCUUUGAGUGCUAUGGGUAUGACAUUAUCAUUGAUGACAAGCUUAAACCCUGGCUAAUUGAGGUUAAUGCUUCCCCUUCUCUUACUUCCAGCACCGCUAAUGAUCGCAUCUUGAAGUACAAUCUUAUUAACGACACGCUUAACAUUGCUGUGCCCAACGGGGAAAUUCCUGACUGCAAAUGGAAUAAAUCUCCACCAAAAGAGGUUCUGGGAAAUUAUGAAGUCUUAUACGAUGAAGAGAUGGCGCAGAGCGACGGGACUGAGCGCGACCUGCGGGCUCGUCCUGGGCAGCCCACGGGGGUCAAAGGAAGCCGUGCAAGAGAGUCAGGAAAGCCUGUCCUGACCACUUGGAAGUGAUGACUGAAGAAACAGCUGGACUCUUGGUAGGAAGACAUCAAGAAUAACUUGAAGUUUUGGAACAGAUCCCUGUGUUUUGCUGCAUUGCAUGUAGGAAAUACUAAUGAAGACAAAACAGCCUUUGAAAAGUGAAACAAGCACUCAAAACCCAGGAGCUGUACUAGACAUAGACUGGCCUGAUAAUUAUUACAACAAAAGAUACAGAGUGUGUAUGUAUAUACGGUUAUGUUUAUAUGAUUUGUAUAAACAAAUUCUCAGUAAUGAUCAAGAACUUUAUUUAUAAGGGUGGCAACUCAAAUGCAUAUUCUGAAAGAAACUCCUUGCUGUUCUGGAUAGUAUUUAUUUCCUCCAGUAGCCUAUCCCUUCCUGCCUAUAAUAAAUGAACUGUGGAUUCUAUAAAAGGAUGAUGGUGUUAAACAUUAACAUUUUCUCAGUGGUGGUUGAGAGUCUUGUAGUAAAAGAAGAGCAACUAGAAAAACUUAGCAGUACACAUAUUUGAGGCUGUUGCAAGUUAGUGCAGCUAUUGAUUUAUAACCAGUAUGAAUACAUUGAAAAGCAAGUCUUUAUAUGCUGAGGGUUGGGGGUUUUUAUUUCCUUUGUAUGUGCUGAGCUGCUAACUCUUUAAAGGUGGGAAGUUUUAUGGACUGAGAGAGGGUUUCAAUGGUAUAUUGAUGGACUGUUUUACUAGCCAUUAAUUUUUAUUUUCAGAUAGUGGAUGUCUGUGAAAAACAGACAGAACAAUCAGACACUGUGAUAAAUCUCAUUGCUUGAAGCUGAUGAUAAAUCUUUAUUUGCACCAGAAUCUCUCAGUGUGUUUAUGCAUGUAUAUAAGUCAAAUAUCUGUAUAUUUUUGUAUAUUUUAUUUAACAAAAAUAUUGUUGCACAUGGCAAGCUAUUUCUGGUAUCUAUGAUAAGAACAGUUGUAAUGAUUAGCUACCAAAACUAAGAUGCAAAACUUAGCUACCAAAGCUAAGGAGCAAAAGUUAAAAAUGGGUAUUUCAGUCUUCUAACAGCAAAGCAUAUAAAUAAACUAGUGGGGUCUGUGAUUGG